UCUCGCGGUCAAAUUAUACACAACCUAACGGGAUAAAUACGGAAAUUGAAUUUUUUACAAUCAAAGAGUUAAUAUACUUACAUAUUAUUUACAAUAUAAUUUGCACUUUCCCCCCAACCUAAUGAAGAAGUUAUAUUUGUGAAUGUGUUAAAUUAUUUUUCUUUCGCCUUAAAUAAAAUGUAAAACAAUAUAUUUAUUUAGCCGGAGUAAUUAGAUGGUGUAUGUAUGUUUAUAUGUGAAUACGUGCAUACAUAUUAAAAUAAAUCGUUGUACAAGUAAUGGCUCAUUUAAACGCUCAUUAUUACAGAUACAUUUUAUUAAAAUACAGAGCUAUGUUUUGAACAAACACACAAAUAAGAAUACGGCAUGCAAUACGGUACAUACUCAUAUCGUGCUUUAAUAAAAAUUUUCAGAAAAGAAGCAGAUAUCUAACUACAAAAUGUGGGAAGGAAAAAGAGAUGACGGUGCUUUCCUUAAUGGUAAAGGAAAAAUAAAGAAAAAUGUUUCAGUUGAUAAAAUGGGAUUGAACUUGGAAAGCAGUUGUAUUUUAAGAAUGGGGGAUAAGAAAACGUGCGAAGUAAACAAAAGUAAUUAUCACGAGAGUAACGUUUCGAGUAUGGAUAGCAAAUACAUGAUUUAUGGCUUACAACCUGGAGUUAUUGAGCAAAACCAACCCAUCUAUGAAAAUAUGAAGCACGAUUUGCUCUCAGACCAAAAAUUUGUACUAAGAAAAUUAUUUCGAACUAUCGAAAAGCCGGAUACUAUAUAUGAGAAUUUGUGUCGUGGAUGUGGUUACGGCGUUUUUGAAGCAAAAAGCUAUUUAUGUAAUUUUUGUUCAUGUGUUGUUGGAGGACUGAGGAAUAACCAGUUGCGGCAUUUAGAAGAAAGCGAUCAAAUUUAUGUGAAUACUGGUGAGAAUAUUUAUGAAAAUGUCUGCGUCAAAUGCUCUGCUUUGUAUAAUACAGAUGCAUGUGAGAUCUGUUUAGCGAACGAAAAUAAAAUGACACCCAAUAUUUUUGAAGAAAUGCAAUUGGCAGUUGCUGCUUCCAAAAAAGAUCAAAUUCCCACAAAAAUAUCAAAAUUGAAAUCAUUUAAUAAACAAAAACUUAUUAGUGGCAUUUUUGGAUCGUUGAAGAGAGGUGUAAAAACCAAUCAACGUUUUCCAAGUGGUCCAGAACACGGCAGAAAAAAACUUACUCAACUGGAUAUUAUCCAUCACGUGGAUGGAUCCAAUAACGUUUUUCGUACAAAUGAAACCUUUGAUAUACAAAGAAUAUGCGAAUUGAAACAAGCCCAAAAACAUUUCGCUGAGAUUUCUACUAGUGACCAGCAUAUUUACGGUCGUUUAAAAUAUUGUGAAAGCAUUGACAGUGACACUACUACAGUAACAGUAGAUACAUUGCGUAUGUUUAGAUCCAACUCCCAAGACCAGCUACAAGCAUCCAAAUUAGAUUCUAUUUGUUUCACAAACACUAAAGAAUUUCAUUCACCACCGGCAAUCAAAAACGCUUUGAUUUCUUCGAGAAGGCAAUCACACAUAUCGCAACCCCCCCUUUUAGACUUCAAUCCACAAUGCAUUCCAGAUAAAAAUGUUAAUCUACCGAGUGAUACCAAGCUUGCAUUGCCAUUGUCCAAUAGUGUUUGUUAUUGGAUGAAAUUAUUACGUAAGCAGGUUUACAAUUAUCACGCUCAUGAUGCAUUAUUUGAUGAUGGGGACUUUACUUCGUGCAUUCCAAAAAGUAUUCCCUCAAAAAAUGUACUAUUACAUGCAUAUUGCGUCUCUAGUUCGAGUUAUAACAAUUGUAGUUUGAAGGCGUUCCCCUCUCAUUUAGCAGAAACUAUGACUAAUUUUCCAGUCACUGAUAAAAAAGGUGAAUUCAAAAAUGCAACGCUUAUGAAUAAAAUAAACUCACACUCUGAUUCCAGUAGUAAUGCUCGUGUUGUUAGUGAGCAAAUGGAAAGUCGUUUCGAUGUGAUGGUGGACGCAUUUAAGAAAAAUGUGAUGACAAAACAUUUGCUCUACCAUCAGAGAGAGUCGCAACCAUCUGUUGAUCAUUCCAAUUCGCUCAGCGCAGUGCCCAAAGCAAACCACUUAACACGAUCAACACAACAGCGAACAAAACACCAAAUAAUAUGUAUGAAUAACGAAAACAAUGCAGCUUUUGACUGGCCUGCCGAGCACAGUCCGAUUUCAGCAAUAAAUUCUCAACAAGCGCUCUCAAGAGUUGGCUCCCAAAAAUGUCUAGCUAGUUGUUGCUCAGCUUGCAAUGUGGUCGAAGGGAAACAUCAUCGUUGCGGGUGUUUAAACGUGGGAGAUCGUAUACCUCGUGCCCCCUACUCCGAAUUCCAGCAAAAAACAGUGGCUUCAGUUGAAAAAACUGAGAAUAAAAAAAUAAAAACAAAAACUUUACUAAAAACGGAAACGGCUGACGCAUAUAACAGUGCUGUGGCAUCUGGUGUUAAUAAAAAGCAAGUAAAGCAAAUCAACUUUAUUGCCAAUGCUACAAAUAAUAUUGGAAAUAAUUCAUGCCUAGCAAAUGAAGCUCACUUAAAGAUUAAUUUAGUGCGUUUAAUAAAUAAUAGCUAUAUAUCUUAUAGUCUUAAUACAAACGUUUUACAUUCGUUCUCUAAUCGAUCACAGUACUUUCAUUGGUUACAAGAAUGGUUGCUUUGUUAUUAUAACCCGUGGAGUUUGCACGCCAAACGUACUUUGAAGGUGCUUGCUAAUUGUAAUAGCUUUGAAAUAGCUUUUAAAUUAUGGGCUAUACUGUGUGAGUCAGUGCCGCGACAUAAAAGUAUGUGGAAAUAUGAUAAACAAGGGGCGGGAGUUUGUAAUGGUAAAGCACCGAUUAGCGGAGCGAACGCACAAGUUGUUAUGAAAUAUAAUCGUAUGGCAAUGCAAAGUGAACUGGAAAACGUAGCUGUUUUUGAUGAGAAAAAUAGUGAAAAUCUAUGUGUGAAAAAAAUUGUGGGUACAAACAGCCCAAUGAAAACCAACGACGAAGUAGUUUUGCGUAUAAAGAGCAAAGAGUCUUUAGAAAGAAGUAAAAAAGCUCAAGGGAAAUUUUUAGAUCUUGAUAAAAAUGUAGCUGAAUUGAAUGAGCAGGGUUUAAAGCAGGAGGGUCGCAGCGAUAACUGCGAUGAAAACAUAGAAGUUAGGUUGGGAUCAUUUAAUGAAAAAGCAAUCGUUUCUUGCGAAACAAAAUCUCCAAAUGGUAAUGAAGAACAGCAAAAGGAGGAGGAUAUUUAUCAACCCAUUUGGAAAUUUCAAACUGUUGGAGAAGCUCAUGAAUCCUACGAUAGUGAUCCUGAAUAUUAUGAUGCAAAUAGCCGGUCUACAAGCUCUAAAUCCUCAUUGGUAAAACAACAAGUAAUACCAUAUGAUUCAUCAAUACCAUCGCUUUUAACUUCCGAUAAUGUGGAAGAUCAUGGCGAGUGGGAGACAGAUGACGAGUUCAUGUUCUCAAAAAUUGUCGACGGAUGUUGCGUUGCUAAAGACACGACACCAUCACAAACAUUACACAGCUCUGUUACGCAGGGCAGCAAUACAAAGACAAGUAGUAAUACAAAUGUCGCUUCAUCAGCGAACUUCAAUUUUGAACACCCUCAACUCCGUGCAGUGUGCAUAUUUUUCAGUCUGACUGAGCCCAAUAUCCGUGCCAUUAUCUACGACUACAAAAGGGCUCAAGCUUCGCAAUAUUUUUCAAAAAAUGCACAAGUGCACCCAAUAACAGAGAAUAGGAGUAAAACAGUCCCCAUUACGCCAAUUAAUUACCUUUGGAAAUCAUCUUCAAUUGAUCGUGUAAUGGAUCUGCCUCGUAAAAACUCAACUUGUUCAACAACCAAGAUAACCUCUCAAAGUGGCGAAGCUUUAUCAGUUUUUAAUUUGAAGUCGGUGAAUGCGUGGAAGCUUAACCUUUUAAAUAUAUCCGAUGCAGAAGAUGAGGAAGAUUUGAUCGUGUCAGAAAAUGAGAUUUUGCGAUCGCAAAUAUUUAAGGAGGAACCCGAAAAGCCGGCUUCUGUCAAACCCACCACUUUACAGCGCUUCAAAAGUGCUUCUUUCGGAAAUCUUUUGGAAAUACCGAAUGAGGAUGACAAGAAAUCAAUUACAGAACGUAUGCGAAACAAAUUGCAACGAGGAGUUUUCAAGCUAAAUAUGCGUUCACCAAAAAGCGAGAAAAAACGAAAUGGCAUCUUUCGCCCUGUAAAAACGGGAAGUUUGUACUUGGAAGAGGGAAUGCGACCAAAGUUUCCGAUUUUCUGCGCGUCACUGGAGCAAUUAGAGAUGAAUGAAUCCAUAAAUCCAAAUGUUCCACGCUUUGUUGUAGACUGCGUAUCUUACAUUGAACGGAAAGACUGCAUAUUACAAGAUGGAUUAUAUCGAGCCUCCGGCAACAAAGUGGCCAUUGAUGAAUUAAAACAAAAAUUAUCAGAAAGCUACAUUUACGAUUCGAAACUGUUAGUAGCGGAUGAUAUACAUACAAUCACCAGUUUACUAAAGCAAUUUUUUCGAGAACUGAGCAGCCCUCUGAUUCCCCAACCGAUAUACGAUCGCAUCGGACGCAAUUGCUCUGAUGCUGCUGGUAUUGAGAUGUUACGAGAUGUCCUUGAAGAGAUACCUGAACCUAAUCAUGCAACGUUGAAGUUUCUUAUCCGACAUUUGAAGAAUGUGGCAGCCUGCAGUAUGGAAAACCGAAUGCCCGCAUCGAACCUAGCGAUUGUAUGGGGCCCCUGUAUUUUUUCCUCAAACCAAAUGGUAUUUGUUGACAUUGGCCGGAUGAACACAUUAACUAAAUUGUUAAUUGAAAAUUACGAAUAUAUAUUUAGAGAAAAUGAACGACUUGUUAAUUAAGCAUUUAUUGUAAUUUUACAUAUAAACAUUCUCUAUUUUAGUUUUACCUUGUUUACAUAUUUGAAUUGGAGUAUUUGCCGAAAAUUCACUUGUCAAAAAAUACUUAAAAUUUGUUUAAGCGUAAGUGAAACAUAGAAUUUAAAGGAAAACAUAGUUUUACGAAGACGAAGAAAUCAUACGAAAUGUAGUUAUUUAUGUAACCAUUUAACCAAAUUAACAAUGUGAUAAAAUAUUAUAUAUUGAUUGUGUGAGCGUAAGUUUUAAAGUUAUUAUAAUUAUGUAUUAAAAGCAAAAUAAAUAUUAAACUUCAAAAUAUUA